AUGGACCUACUCGAGUACGCGAAGAAUCAUCCCAAAAGUACCUCGAGACAAAACAGGCAGAGCGAAAACACAGUAGAUUUUUCAAAGCUCUGUCUUUCUUUCAAGAAACUGAACAAAUACCGUGAGGAACUGGAUAAACUUGAUGAGAAUGAGACUCAACUGUGCAGUCGCGAAUGGGUCUUUCCACACUUUGUCGGCGACGUUGGGCUAGAGAAAAAUAAGCCGCCGAUAACAAUGCACUACGAUGUAAACGCAUGGCUGAAAUUGCAACAACGUAUAUUGAGGACAAUGGCUUUAGACGAUUAUAUGGGUUGCAUAGUAUUUAUCCAAUGUAAAAACCAUGCAAAAAAUAUCGGUCGGACUCCAGUACAGGCAUUAGGUGGGUUACUUUCUAGACGAUCUAAAUAUCACCUUUGCAUUGCAAGUAUCGUUGUGGUCUCCAGAAAUGAUGAUAAGGAGGAAAGAUUUGAUAGAAGCGCAAGGGAGGAAGCGGAUACAUGCCCUAAUCCAAUGAAUGAAACUAUCAUACGAAAGACGAUUAGUUGA